UGAGCGUCCUCGGCGUCGCUGAACGUCCCGGCGCCGCCCCUCCGCACCGCUACAGACCACGCCGCCAGCCACACGCAGGAAGUAUGCCAUGAGAGGGGAGAUAAGGCCGAGAUGUCAGAAUGCCCCUGAGCCUGCUUCUGUUAGCCAUCUCAGCGGCGAUGGUUCACUCACUUCCGCCGGUCAUCAAAAUAGGGGCUAUAUUCACACAGGAUCAGAAGGACAGCAGUACAGAGUUGGCAUUCAAAUACGCUGUGUACAAAAUAAACAAGGACAAACACCUUCUGCCUGACACCACGUUGGUGUAUGACAUUCAGUACGUGCCGAAGGAUGAUAGCUUCCACGCCUCUAAGAAAGCAUGCCAGCAGGUGGAGUACGGAGUACAGGCAGUGUUCGGGCCGAGUGAUCCUCUGCUGGGUGCCCACAUCCACUCCAUCUGUGAUGCUCUGGACAUCCCACACCUGGAGGCCAGGGUCGACCUGGAGGCGGAGUAUCGUGAGUUCUCCAUCAACCUACAUCCCUCUCAACCACUCCUCAACAAAGCUCUGCAAGACGUCAUGACCUACCUCAACUGGACACGUGUCGCUGUUAUUUACGAACAAGAUUAUGGGCUUAUAAAGCUACGAGAGCUUGUCAGAGCACCAUCCAAGAGAGAUGUGGAGAUUCACCUGAGACAAGCAGAUCCUGAUACUUAUCGAGCUGUGCUCAAGGAGAUCAAAAUAAAGGAAAUCCACAACCUGAUAGUGGACACCAAGCCAGAAAACAUGCACCAUUUCCUCCGAGGGAUUCUCCAGUUGCAGAUGAACGAUUACAAGUAUCACUAUUUAUUUACAACAUUUGAUAUAGAAACUUUUGAUCUCGAAGACUUCAAGUACAAUUUCGUAAAUAUGACUGCAUUUCGCAUCGUGGAUGCCGAGGAUGUUGGAGUGAUGGAAAUACUGAAAGAUAUGGAAAAGUUCCAACCUGUUGGACAAAAUCUGUUAAACAAAUCUAGGAUCAUACAGGCAGAGCCAGCGCUGAUGUAUGAUUCUGUACACGUGUUUGCCCUCGGACUGCAGACGCUAGAGCAGAGCCACUCCCUCGCCUUAGCCAAUGUUUCCUGUGAAGCUGAACAGCCUUGGGACGGUGGACUAAGCCUCAUAAACUACAUAAACUCUGUUGAGCUGAAGGGUCUGAGUGGUCCUAUAGAGUUUAAGGAAGGGCGUCGUAUCCAGUUCAAGCUGGACCUGCUAAAGCUGAAGCAACACUCGCUGGUGAAGGUGGGGGAAUGGAGUCCCACUGGUGGAGUCAACAUCUCGGACAAAGGAGCCUUCUUUGAUUCUGGCUCCAUGAAUGUUACUCUAGUCGUCAUCACAAUAUUGGAGAUACCGUACGUGAUGAUGCAUUACGGCAAGAACUACACAGGCAACGCUAGGUUCUACGGGUUCUGUGUGGACUUGCUGGAGAGAGUGUCCAAGGAAGUUGGGUUCGACUAUAUCCUAGACCUGGUCCCGGACAGGAAGUACGGGGCGCAGGAUGCUGAGACCGGCGAAUGGAAUGGCAUGGUGCUGCAGCUCAUGAAACAUGAGACCCCGUAUGUGAUGAUGCGUGCCGUAGACAACGACACGACCCCCAAGUUCGAGGGGUUCUGUAUCGACCUGUUGAAGGAGAUAGCGGACAUGGUAGGGUUUGAGUACCGCAUCCAGCUGGUACCGGACGGCAAGUACGGUGUGUACGACCCCGACACUGGCGAGUGGAAUGGCAUAGUUCGUCAGCUUAUGGAAAAGAAAGCAGAUCUAGCAGUUGGGUCCAUGACAAUUAAUUAUGCCAGAGAGAGCGUUAUUGACUUUACAAAACCUUUUAUGAACCUUGGGAUCAGCAUACUAUUUAAGGUACCGACAUCGCAAGAGACGCGACUGUUCUCGUUCAUGAACCCACUGGCCGUGGAGAUCUGGCUGUACGUGCUGGCCGCGUACGUGCUCGUAUCCAUCACCAUGUUCAUUGUGGCGAGGUUUUCACCCUACGAGUGGCACAACCCACACCCCUGUGACCAGGAGAACGAUCUAAUAGAAAACCAGUUCUCGCUAUCCAACAGCUUCUGGUUCACGAUCGGUACGCUGAUGCAGCAAGGAUCCGACCUCAAUCCCAAGGCGACUUCUACUCGUAUCGUGGGAGGUAUCUGGUGGUUCUUCACUCUGAUCAUCAUCUCGUCCUACACCGCCAAUCUGGCAGCCUUCCUCACUGUAGAGAGGAUGAUCACUCCCAUAGAGAACGCGGAAGAUCUGGCUGGCCAGACAGAGAUCGCAUACGGUACCCUGGACAGUGGCUCUACUAUGACCUUCUUCAGAGACUCAAUGAUAGAAACGUACAAGAAGAUGUGGAGGUUUAUGGAGAAUAAGAAGCCAUCAGUAUUUGUCUCGACGUACGAAGAGGGAAUCAGGCGAGUUCUGGAGGGAAACUACGCGUUCCUCAUGGAGUCCACGAUGCUGGACUACAUCGUACAGCGCGACUGUAACCUCACACAAAUAGGAGGACUGCUAGAUACUAAAGGCUACGGCAUCGCCACACCUAUGGGAUCUCCUUGGAGAGACAAGAUUUCCCUUGCAAUUCUGGAAUUACAAGAAAAGGGAGAAAUUCAAAUGCUGUACAAUAAGUGGUGGAAAAACCCAGGGGAUACUUGCACAAGAACGGAAAAGGGGAAAGAAUCUAAAGCAAAUGCGCUUGGCGUAUCCAAUAUUGGUGGAGUGUUUGUAGUGCUGUUAUGUGGACUGGCGUUAGCCGUGAUAGUAGCAAUUUUUGAAUUUUGUUACAAUUCUAAAAGAAGCACACAAAUGGAAAGGAGAGCAGUGCCGGCGGCGCCACAUCAGUCCCUCUGUGCUGAGAUGGCUGAAGAGCUGUGUUUCGCACUGAGGUGUAGAGGGUCUAGACAAAGGCCUGCUCUGAAGCGCCAGUGUUCCAAAUGUGUUCCCGGCACUACAUACGUGCCAGCCUCCUUCGACCUCCCUCACCCUCCUAAUAACAUACACAGGUCCCAGACCUGUUGUAAGUCGCAGUGUGCAAGUGAAGCAGGUUGCCCCAUGUUCCAGAGGAGCAGUUUGGCAGUUCCCCUAGAUCUUCCUCCCAAUCUCCACUACGAUGCAUCUUAGUGCUGCUCUACACAGAGCACUGGUGUGACUACAGGUAUAGGUGCAAAUGUACGUGUCUGCCGCAACUGCCGAACUAUCCAUAGUUUAUAUGUCAACAGGUUAUUGCGAAACAGAUCAACUGUACAGAAUUUGAAUUAAUACAGUUAUGGUUUAAUAUUGUGCAAAAUAUUUUAAAUUUGUUUACCAAGUGGGACUUAGUUUGAAAAAUAAACUCAAUUGUAGAAUUAUAUGACAAUUGAUAUUGGUAAGGCAUGCACUUAAAAAUAAUUUAUAUACUCUUAUGAUAUAUUUUUGUUACUGAAAGUAUAUAUUGAUUGGAGAAUUUGGAUACGUCUUUGAUGUGUAACACGAAUAUGGUUAUUUGAAUAGAAAACCUACACAGGACAAUCAUCCAGAAGAAACCCCGUUUUUGAUCCGUAUAAUUUUGUAACCCGUUUUAAAAUUGAGCAUAACAGGUAAAUUAAGGAUGUACUUAAAUGACAGAACCAAAUAAAUGACUGGCUCUUGAGCUUUUAAUUGAAUGUGAUAUGUAAAUAAUUUUGCUAUAUUUUAACCGUCAAAAUAGUGCAAACAAGUAGCGUAGGUAGACCAUUAGUAACUGUGUUAUAGUCGAUUCAUUUAGAAGUACGUAAUGUUAUUAUGGCUAGAGUGAAGUAAAUGUCUGAGUUAUGUGUUUAAAACGUAAGUUGGUAA